CAGCUUUUUUCCUUCCAAUCCCUGCUGCCAUGAUCCUACCUUGGAACCAGUUAACCAUGGACUGAACUCUCUGAAACCAUGGGCCACAUCAAACCUUUCCCUUUUAAGUUGUGGAUUUUGGGUAAUAUGGAAAGUAGACGAAUACAGCGCAUUUUCCUGAUGGCUGUCACAUCACCAGCGUGAGUGACUGCUGAGAUUAGCCCUCCCAUGCUAGCAUCUUGCAGUUGAGAAACAGAGGCCCCAGGGCAGGAGGGGCCAGCUCUGCAGACUGGCUCUGGUGGUCCCCUGGCAGAGCUCACAUGCUCCCUGCUGUUUUCCUCAGAUGGAAAAUAACCCUCCACCAGGUGCUUCCGUAGCAACCUUUUCUCCCCAGAACCUCUAAUUGCAUGUGUUGGAUCUAAUUUUAGUGAUUUAUGUAACUCCUAUUUUCUCUACUAAAUUGGGAACACUGCUAAGGUAGGAACGUUGUCCUCCCCGCAUCCCCAGUGCGCACCACAGUGCCGCUGAUGGACUUAAUCGCUAAGCCACUGAGCAGCUGAUGGGGGCGCUGAGCAGGUACCUCGCACCCCGCCGAGUCUGAUGCUCCUAGGGCCCACGGUUCCCCUGGUGCCGGCGACCUUCUGCCAGCCUCCACUCCCGCACCAAGGAGGAAGAGCCUCUGAAUGCCCAGGGGUGGGCCGAGCAGGACCCUGGGCCCGGCUGCGAGACUCUCCCUCACCCUCUCCCCUGCAGACUGCUCUCAGACUGCUCUGCAAUGACCACAGCACGGUACCGGCCCACCUGGGACCUGGCCCUCGACCCGCUCGUGUCCUGCAAGCUGUGCCUCGGGGAGUACCCAGUGGAGCAGAUGACCACCAUCGCCCAGUGCCAGUGCAUCUUCUGUACCCUGUGCCUGAAGCAGUACGUGGAGCUCCUGAUCAAGGAAGGACUUGAGACUGCGAUCAGCUGCCCGGAUGCGGCCUGCCCCAAGCAGGGUCACCUGCAGGAGAAGGAGAUCGAAUGCAUGGUCGCAGCUGAAAUAAUGCAAAGAUACAAAAAGCUCCAAUUUGAAAGAGAGGUGCUCUUCGAUCCCUGCCGGACCUGGUGCCCGGCGUCCACCUGCCAGGCUGUGUGCCAGCUGCAGGACCUGGGGCUGCAGACGCCGCAGCUGGUGCAGUGCAAGGCCUGCGAUAUGGAGUUCUGCUCGACCUGCAAGGCUCGCUGGCAUCCCGGCCAGGGCUGCGCGGAGAGCAUGCCCAUUGGCUUCCUCCCUGGGGAGACCAGCGCUGGGUUCAAGCUGGACGACGACACGGCGCCCAUCAAGCGCUGCCCCAAGUGCAGAGUCUACAUCGAGCGGGAUGAGGGCUGCGCGCAGAUGAUGUGCAGGAACUGCAAGCACGCCUUCUGCUGGUACUGCCUGGAGUCCCUGGACGACGACUUCCUCCUGAUCCACUACGAUAAGGGACCCUGCCGCAACAAGCUGGGCCACUCCCGGGCUUCGGUGAUCUGGCAUCGGACACAGGUUGUGGGCAUCUUUGCUGGAUUUGGGCUCCUGCUCCUGGUGGCUUCUCCCUUUCUGCUCCUGGCCACCCCCUUUGUACUCUGCUGCAAGUGCAAGUGCAGUAAAGGUGACGAUGACCCACUGCCAACCUAGAAGAAGACGAUACGGGAAGGAGACUCUUGUUUCCAGAAAAUGUGGCUCUUCCCCCACCCAUCCCACUGUCUCCCUCUCACUAAACAUUUUUCUUGCCUUAUGUGCCCCAUUGAGCUUCACAGUGUCAGGCUGGAUGCCGUGAUUUCAGGGACCAAUGUCCGAACGCUCGCCAAGGCCCCAGGUGAGGUCACCGAGGCAUGGGGAGGCACGGAGGGCAUGGUGGGGCACAGCCCACAGAACAGCCUCUGUAGACCUGACUGGUGGUGUGGGAAGAAGCACGCUAGGCAGUUUGCUCCCCAUGGAGUGAACUAGGAGUGUCCGGUGAGAACUUAGGAGACCUUACCUGCACAUGGUCCGUCUCCUCUUGACUUCAAGAUGGCGCCGUGCUGUUGGGAGAAGGAGUCUUCUAAGGAUCACAGCUCUCUUCAGACGGAAUCGCAUUACUCCAACUUGAGAAAAGCACUCUGUUUAGGACAACUGUUUUUAUUCCUAACGGCAUUUAGUAAAAUCCUUUUUAGAAGGCUUUUUUUUCCCCAACCGAGUAGUGAAACUCAAAAAGGUGCAUAUAAACCAUCCUAUGCCUUUCUUGAAAUGUGCAUUUUAAGAAGUUAUAGUGAAACGACUUUUCUGGCUUGACCAUUUUUCAGGAGAUUAGAAAGCCUUACGCACUCUGUGUUUUUCUUGAAACUUGCUGUAAUAACUUUUUGAAUGCUGUAAGCUGUGUACUGUUAUAAACACGGUUCCUGUAUUUGUUGCAUUUCUCUGAAAAUAUUGACAUGCUUAAAGGAACAUCUCAGCUAGAUUUGCCUUUUAUUCCUUUUUUGGUGAUUCAGCCUGUAAAGUUCAUCCCUUGUCACCAGGCAGCAGCAAAUACUUUUUAUUCAUCUCUUCUAACCAAGUGUUUACUUGGACGUGGUUCUACUAAGAAUCACCAUGGUUUAGCCUCUUGCCCCAGUUUUCAAGUAGUAAGAAGAAACUUGCAUAAUCCAUCCUCAAAAGCAGGGCCUCCUGCCAGAGCCUGGGGGAAUUUUGGACACCAGGCAGGAGUUUUCUGGAUUUCCACAUUUUUUUAAUGCUUUACUUAAUUUUGAAAAAUCAUGUGUCUCACACAGUUUACAGGUCCUCUAGCUGGCCAGUUUACCCUUGCUGGGACAAAAGAAAACCUUCCAUUUCUCCUGGUUAUUUUGAGGUGGGAAUUUUACCACUUGGACCUCUACAGGGUGGGUGGUGUGCAACUGUUUCCAUGGUAACAGUGCACGGAUCAAUAGCAAGACACAAGUUAUUAUAUCAUUUGACUUCAAAAAGAGCAACGGCUGGGGAUUUAGCUCAGCGGUUCGUUGGCCUGCCUCACAAGCACAAGGACCCGAGUUUGAU